GUCCCUCGCUGCUUAUCUGCGGGCGCCGGCACCGCCCGGCCCAGCCUGGCUCGUGGCUGGACCCCUGCCGAGCGUGCCUGCGAGGUCUGGAGGUCGGAGCGAGGCUUGUCCCGGUGCUGGCCGGUGCUUUGGUGCUGCCGUCGGCAGCUCUCGGUGCCUGUUCCAGAACCACCCCGUGUUUCCCCGGCCCUGCCUGGUUCAGGCAGCCGGGCUCUGCGGGACACGCGUGCAGCGGCAGAGCGUGUGACAGCAGCAACAGGGAGCAGCUCCUUGUCCUCGGCUCUCCCCAGCCAGCGGCAAGAAGCAAACAUGGCCGCAGAGACACAGUGGAGCUGCCCCAUGUGCCGCAGCGCUGACGAUGAAGUGGCCUAUGUGACCCCCUGCAUGCACCAGUUGUGCCUGGGCUGCGUUCUGCGCUGGGCCAAGAGGAGAUCAUCGUGCCCCCUUUGCAGGCAGACUGUCAACACGGUCGUGUUCUCCGUCUGGUCAGAGCAUGACUUUCUGGAGAUGGAUCUGCCAGAGCCCUCAGAUCCAUCGGCCGACAGCGACCAGGACGAGCAGGAGGCUGCGGAGCUGAUGCGCAGGAACUACGUGGCCGCCUUGCAGCCCCAGGUCUGGGCUGGACUGUUCCGCUCCUCCAGGGAGAUCAUGGAGCCCCUGCUCUCCUGGGUCAACGAGGUGCUGCAGGGGCCUUUCUGGUGGGAGCUGGCCAUGGCACAGGGCACCAUCGUAACAGCUCUGUGCCGCCACGGCCUGGACCAGGAGGCCUUGGUGCGCGAGCUGCGGCCCUUCCUGCGAGACCAGACGGCGACGUUUGUGCGCCAGCUCAUGGACGUCGCCGCAGAGCGCUGCAGUGAGCGGGUCCUGCGGCAGCUGCCGCUCCUGCAGUCCCCGGCUGCCCAGCAGCAGGAGGACAGCCCUGCGGACACCCCUGGGCCCACCGCCUCCCCGGGGGGACCUGCUGCCCCCAGCCCCCCAGCGCAGGAGGAGCCGCCUGAGGAGCUGGGGCAGGCGGUGGCAGGUCCCUCCACCGCUGCCCAGGGCAGGGACCGCUCACCUGGGGAGCCCCGGCGCGCCCCGAAGAGGAGGGCCAGUGUCCCCAGCACCUCUGCAGCCCACAAGAGGCCACGACACCGGCGACAGUAAGGGGACCGCACACCAGAGAAACCCAGUCCGGGCCAGCAGCUGGGGCAGGCGCUGGCCCCCAGGGGGACUUGGAGAUGCAACCACAGGGAGACUGGGCUGCACAGCACAUUUCUCCCUGACCCGCACCAUCAAUUUUCUCCUCCUGUACAUACUUCUGUCUAAUGUAAUAUAUCUAGUUCCU